AGUUCAAUUUUUGUUGUGGCGUCGCAGCGAGCUGUUGCGCCUGAGGCUCGUUGUCGUCGCUUUUAUCUCCCGUUUUUUCUCACUUUCGUUUUUGCGUGUUUCUGCUUCUGUGUGUUUCUCAUUGUUGUUGCUGUCGUUGUUUUGGCGUAGAAUUAUGAAUGCUGUUGCGGCGCUGCUUUUGCUGUGCGCGUUCGGCUUGUCGCACGCCUCGAUCAUCAAAUUACCAACAGCUGAUGAUGAGAAGACGCCGUGGGACCUGAUCAGUGCCAUUUAUGGCACCUCUGGCCUGCGCGGCUUCAAUGGCACGUGGAUAACAGGUGAGCUACUGUUGCGGCUACUGCUGCUAUUUCUCCUCCCACUUGUUAUCAUCAUGCGGGGAAUUAUUUAUGCUGUUGGCCUAACCCACAAAGCUAUUCAAGCGCAGCUUAUCGCCGCCGCAUUCGUGCAGGGAGAGUCCCCGGCAAUAACAAUGACGCGUGAGCUGAAUAGAUUCAUUCCGUUGAGGUCAUUUCCCUGUUAUGCUAAGUUAUCGCAUUGAUUAAU